GCGGUGCAUUGUGGUCAGGCACGCUGCUCUUGCUAGUGUCCUCUCCAUCAUGCUAACACCGGCGAGCUGCGUUUUGGGACCAAACCACAGCUUCACGUGCUGAUUCAGCUCAGUCUGUUGUCAUCGACAGGCAACAGACGUGUGUCCGUUGUGUCCUCGUUCACUGUCAUGGUGGAUUUUAAACGGAUAAUUAACAAAAAACACCAGUUGUCCAAGCUAACGGAGCUAGCAUAACACGAAGGAGCUGCUGAAAACACCGUGAGGAAAGUUAGGAAGUGGCUCAGGCAGGAGCGUGUGACUGGUGUCACUGGAGUUGAACCAGUGUUUACACCAACUGCAUCUGUCAUGUUAAUGUGUGGACACCUUUCAUCCUCCUCGUGCCUGUGGAUCCGGACUGUCACCACACACACAGCUGGAGGAAGAGACCACCAAUGACACGGCUCAAGGAUUUUACACAUUCAACCUGAGUCCACGUCUGAGCCUCCUGAGGGGAACACCAGCCGCCAUGUCCGCCUGUGUGAAGGCUGUGUGGGGUGGUGGUGGUGUGGAGACCAGGCUGCACAGGCUGCUGCUGGCUGGCUGCACGAGCUGCACCAGGGUGUAUCUCCCCUUCAGUGGGAACUUUUAUCCAAAGCGACCCUUCACUUGUCUCAGUGCUUUUUCCUCCUCGAGACGUGGCGUCACUCGAGGCCUCUGCCCACCGAAGUACACGGUGCCAGCAGGAAACAGGGACGUGUCCGUGCACAGCAGCAGGAGCUACAGUGAUGCUGGAUCGAGGCAUCAACACAGAACAUGUCAGUCCGGGGUGGGGAGAAAGGAGAAGCUGCUGCAGGAAGGAGCAUCGUGGCCUGUGUCCCUUGUCCGCUGCAGAGUGACAGAUGCCCCGAUUUCCAGCGUGCUUCCAGCUUUCGUAGUGAUGAAAUUUGACCAGGAAGGAAAUGUGACAUCAUUUGAGAAGAAGAAAACCGAGCUUUGCCAGGAGCUAAGUCUUCAGGCCAGAGACCUUCGCUUUCAGCACAGUACCAGCCUCACUGCCAGAAACAACUGCAUCAUCUUACGAAUGGCGUCUCUGAAAGCCAUCGUAACGCCAGAGUCCCUCUUGGUGUUGGAUUUCCGUGGUCUGGGAUUGGAACGCUGGUUGGUACUGGAGCUCGCUCCUCAGCUGGCCUCACAGACACACUCUCUGCCCUUUGAGUUCAGAGCACUGGAGGCCAUACUGCAGCACAAGGUUAACACGCUACAAACCCGGCUGAAUGAGGUCGAGCCAGUAAUAUUGGAUGUGUUGGAAUCCUUAGUGGAUCCUAAAAUCCUUUCUGCUGACAGAAGUAAACUACACAUACUUCUGCAGAACAGCAAGAGUUUAUCAGAGUUGGAAACAGACAUAAAGGUUUUUAAGGAAUCCUUGCUGAAGAUUUUGGAUGAGGACGAGAUUAUUGAAGAACUCUGUCUGACCAAGUGGACCGACCCCAGAGUUUUUGAGGAGAGCAGUUUGGGCAUUGACCAUGCUGAGGAGAUGGAACUGUUACUGGAGAAUUACUACAUGCAGGCUGAGGAGCUGGGGAACAAGGCCAGAGAACUGAAAGGGCUGAUAGACGACUCUGAGAGUGUCAUCUUUAUCAAUCUAGACAGCCAUCGUAACGUGAUGAUGCGUCUGAACCUGCAGCUGACCAUGGGUUCCUUCUCCCUCACCUUGUUCGGUCUGAUAGGAGUGGCCUUCGGAAUGAAUUUGACGUCGUGCUUUGAAGAGGACCCUCGUGUUUUCUGGCUGGUAACGGGCUUCAUGUUCUUGGGCAGCGGGCUGAUAUGGCGACGACUGCUGUCAUUUCUGGGACGACAUCUAGAGCCCUCACUGAUCCCUCCAGUUUGGAAGAGAAGUCUGAAAGCAUCAGAUGUCAAACCAGGAAUCAGAUGAAGUGCCACCUUUGCUCCUUAAACUGACAUCACACAGACUCUGUAGCUUUAAAGAUUAAUCUUUUAACUUACCUCAUUUUUUUACUCUCCCAUGACUAUGGCAGAGAUCGAGACUACAUCCAAAGGUCUGGAGAUUCCACUGUGUCCUUAUAUCCCUCACACUGUGUUGGAGCAGUUUCAGAUGCGUGGAUGUCUUCAUAUUUAAUCAUAUCUGUGGAUAAAACAUGUGGGUAUUGCUCUGUCAUCACAGAUUUUAUGGGCGUAUGUGUAGGUGAAAGGCAGCAGCAGUUGAAGUGAAACCAAACUUAUAUGAUAGUCAGCUUACAUGCAGUUGUACCUUCCCUCAUUUCAUAGUUGAAAAAUGUUUCUUAAAUGGAGCCAUGCGACUCUAUUAAGUCUCUUUUAAAACUCUUUGUUAAGCUCAGUAGUAACAGUUUGCUACAUCAGUCAGUACUUUUCUAAACAGACCCUUUCCACUACGGACAUUUUGACUUGUCAAAGCAGGAAAAGGCACAGGUGUAAAUAAUGUGAACGCUGGCUCCGUCCAUUACAUGUCGCAGUAAGUCAUGUCCCUGAGUGAGCAUCCAGUCUUCUGGAUGGUUUGCAGGGACUGUUCAUGAAACAGGGAUUUAUCAGAUGAUAACCUUGUUUUUUUUGUUCUGUAACAUGUGGCUAAGCUGCCUCUGCAGUUCUUUUUCUCUUUCUUAAAAAACAAACAGAAAAACAAUUAUCUAUAUUUUUUUAUUAACUGUCUUACUUUAUGGUUUUGUCUCAAAUUGACAUUUGCCCUAAAAUCAAAGGCUCUUAUUACACAUACAUGACAAUGACUGUGACUGCUUCUAAAGCUGGGUUAACUUUUAUUAACUUUACACCAAAACAUUUUUCAUAGAUCUUAAAAUACACAAUUACAAUAAAUUUAAAUAAAAUGCUAAAACAAUAUUAAUUUAAAUGUGGGAAGUCUGUGUAGACAGACUUUACAUGCAUAAGCCUACCACCAACUGAAACCUUUGUCAUUCUAGGGCAAAGCAAACUUUAGUGGCCUCACAGUGGUUCAGAAUACACGCAAGGGGUCAAAAAUAAAUCUCAGGGGUCAUGAGAUGAUUAUCCGAGAGCAGAAAAAUAAAAAUAUCUCCUCAAAAUCACAUUUCCUUUUUCUAAUUUUCUGUAAUUUUUCUCUUAACCAUGACUGAAUGGUCUGAUCUAUCCCUCUGGGCCUCUAAAAAAGCCCUCUUUGGUUGAACUGGUCAAGGCCAAUCGAUUUAUGAUGAAGACGUUGGUAGAUUUGGCUUCAUCUUCAGGGUUCACAACCAAUACGUGUUAGAAUCCCUCCUUCUUGUACUGUGUCUUAUUUAUAACAAGUUCAGCCAGACCCUUCAUAUUUUGGCUGUUGUCUCCUGUAUUAUACAAGUUGCCAAUAAAAAUAUUCACAAUGUU